CCCGAGCGCUCCACUCGUGCCUCGCUUUUUCCCUCGUCCCUCCCCAAAACCCUCCUCUCUUCCUCCUUCGCGAGCAAGAAUGGCUGAAGAAAAGGUAAAGCCGGUGAAGAGGGAAGAGGAGGAAGUGGACGACGACGAUGAUAAUGUCCCCAUCGCCGCUUCCAGUGCGAAGCCCGUAAAGAAAAAAGAACCCAAGGAGGAGGAGGAGGACGACGAUCUUCCUCUUGUCCUCUCCAAGAACAAGAAGAGGAAACACGAUGCGCCCUCCAAGCCCAAGAAAGAAAAGCUUGACGGAGAGGAGGAUCAGAAGAUAAAGAAGAUGGACGGGGGGAAAAGCAAUGCAAGACCUUCUAAAGCAAAAAAAGAUUUAGAAGAACAAGACGGGAAGGCUGAUAAGGAGAAGAAGAAGAAGAAAAAGAAGAAGGAAGAGGAGCGUAAGGUGGUCGGGAAGAAGGGCAGGGGGGCUGCUUCUCCAUCGAAGGAGAAGAAGGAGAAGAAGGUGUAUGAUUUUCCAGGCCAGAAGCACAACCCACCGGAGGAACGUGACCCGUUGAGGAUUUUCUAUGAGACGCUGUACCAGCAGGUGCCUAACAGCGAGAUGGCCGCAUUCUGGAUGAUGGAGUGGGGCUUGCUUUCGUUGGAGGAAGCUAAGGAGGUUUAUGAGAAGAAGCUGAAGAAGGCCCAGCAACAGAAGCUUGGGUCGCCUGUCAAGCCCGUCUCUGUUAAGAAAACAGCAACCGUCUCAGUCAAAAAAGUGAAGGGAACAGUCUCGAAGGCUGCAGUUAUUGUGACAACGAAGCGAAAGGCCAGCGAUUCAGAAGCAGAUGAUGAUGAAGACUUCAUUGUGCACAAGAAAACAAUCAAGAAACAGAAGGUUUCUAGCUAGCAUUGCUCCAUCCGCUACUUGUUUUAUUAGUUCCAUGUUACCUUGUCGCUUCUUGCCAUGUGCUACUGCACACAGGUCUUUGCCAUAGAAUAGUUUACUUUUCAAGGUGUAGAAGUUAAGAAAGCUUGGAUAUAUGAUGAAUCCUACGAUUUAUAUUAUUCACUACCUACCGCAAGAAAGCUUGGGUA